UUCAAGAUUUGGAUGUACCACUGCUCGUCGGGAGUGUGGAUGUUUAGCAAAAGAAAAUGAAGAAUAUAUUUUGUUUGACGAUUGUGAUGAUACAAACUUUCACCUAUGUUGAAGGAUGUAGACAGAAAUGUCAAGAAGAGGGAAUUUUGGGAAGUAUCAGACCUUUUUUCACGAUAUGCAUGCAAGAAAAAUUAGGAGCUGUAAAGUCGUGGAAAUAUAUUGUAGAUUAUGUGGUAUGGGAUGAUCUAUGGUUUACAGCAACUGACGAAUUUUAUUGCAAAGACAAAGAUGAGUCUUGUUGGAUAGAACAAGCAAAUCAUUUCCUUUUGCCAACGUCGAGCUACUUGAUUCCACUGAAAGAAUGCAUAAACGAAUAUGCAGCCAAUCCACUCAACACUACGAGACCUUGUGAAAAAGUUGGGACGGAAGUAUUCAGACCUAAAAUUUUUCAAAAGUUUACCACAAUGAGCUCUUGUCCGAUAUCAAGGACUCAAUAUGUUGUCUGUCUCACAUCAGCCGCUUUGUCUAUGACUCGAACUAUUUCAUCUAAACCAGGAGAUGAGGUUAUCGCUCCCAAAUAUAACUUCAUUGAUCUUUCAGCGUUUUUAACCAAUCAUAGAUCAAACUGCAGAAUUACAUAUUACCGAUCGAAAACGUAUGUAACAACAUGCGCAAAAAAGAACGCGCCAACAAGUACCAAAUUCAAACCAGUUAGUCCUGUGAGAGGAAAGCGAGCACUAAGUCUGAAAGAUAUAUUGAAGCAAGCAUCUGGUGGACGGCUCAAUAUACGAGUAUCUUCAUCGGGGGCAUCUAGAAUUCUGCCAUCCGGGCCUCUUGUUCCAAAGAUAUCAAGCGCUCCUAAAUGUUUUGCCAGGAAGCUACAGCUAGUGAUAAAACCACGCACAGUUCUCAGCGCAUCAGUGUCGAGAUGCAACGUUGAGGCGACAAAGCAGGUCACAAGAAGAGUAUCUGUCGCUUUCAAAAUAGGAAAAAAGAUAAAAGUUGAACCUGGACAGAAAGGAAAGUGUAUGCCAGAACAAGUGUGGACUCAGUGGUAUAACAUAGACACGCCUGGUGGAAGUGGAGACAUGGAAUAUUUUUCUAGAAUUAGAAGAAAAAAUAUAACUGACGUUUGUUACAAUCCAAGUGCAGUCCAAGCUCUAGUAGCAAAAACCGACGAGCCCUAUACAAAGACUGGACAGAAACUGAAAGUCGAACCAAGAUUCGGAUUGAGUUGUCAUAACUACAAGCAAAAGAAUAAAAAGUGUGAUGAUUAUAAAGUCCGAUUUUGUUGCCAAAAAUUUGACUGAGCUUGCGAUUUUAAGGCAAACGCAUUCAAUAACGACCUUAUUAAUGCGAUUUCUCAAAAUCAACACAUAAUAAAUUAAAAACAGUGAAAGCAGACAUUUGAAAGUACUUUUGUGUUGAUUGAGCCAAUUGGUGACUGCUUUGAUGCGAUGCGUUUACGAGGUUAUUUAUAAACGUUAUUUAUCUGCUUUUUGAAAUUCCCGCGUACAAUCUGAAUGAUUCCUUAUCAUCAAAAAUAUUUUUUCGAUUUCUUCUUUACAAAAUUAUUUUUCAUUUGAAAUAUAUAUGUAAAUUCACAAUUAUACACAACGCCUAAUCAUCACGUUUACAAAUUAUAUACAGUACAUCUUAUUUCGUUACGCGCUACUUUGUCAUAUUUCAA